GUGCCCGCUUUACAGUUGCUGCCUUACCCGCUGCUGUACGUAAGCGCGGGCCGGGUGGGGUUUUGUCUUCGGCUGGGGACGCGGCGAGAUGGCUACGUUCGCUGCGGGAAAGCUGCACAAACCAUGCAGGAUGAUUUACUGAUGGACAAAAGCAAAGCCCAGCCCCAGCAGCAGCGGCAGCAAGAUCCAACUGCAGCAGAAGCCCCUUCUACACCCAUCACCACAGAGACACCCAAACGGGAGGACAGCAACCCAGUGACUAGCAUCGGUUCAUCAGCUCCUGCCCAAAAUAGCAAGGAAAAGAUGCAGAUGGAGUCCCCCAUCUUGCCAGGCUUAAAGCAGGAACCUACAGCCGGCACCUCCUUGUCUCCCUCCUUCGGAAGCACCUGGUCCACUGGAACCACAAAUGCAGUGGAUGAUAGCUUUUUCCAAGGGAUUACCCCAGUUAAUGGGACAAUGCUUUUCCAGAAUUUCCCUCACCACGUCAAUCCUGUUUUUGGAGGCACUUUCUCCCCCCAGAUCGGCCUAGCUCAGACUCAGCACCAACAGCAGCAGCAAGCCCAGCAGCAGCAGAGGAGAUCCCCGGUUAGCCCUAACCAGGCACCUUUUGCCCAGAGAAAUGCCGCUUAUAGCCAUCAGCCCAUCAUGACCAGCAAACCUUCCUCCUCUUCAGCCUCCACCUCUUCCCCUUCCAGUUGGAAUAACCACCAAAAUGCAGCCUGGAGUACACCUUCGAAUCCUUGGAGUGGGCUGCAAGCUGGCAGGGACCCUCGAAGGGCAGUAGGUGUGGGGGUGGGGGUGGGGGUUGGAGUUGGGGUACCAUCCCCACUCAAUCCCAUUUCACCUCUGAAAAAGCCCUUCUCCAGCAAUGUCAUUGCUCCACCGAAGUUCCCAAGGGCUGCUCCCCUAACUCCCAAAUCCUGGGUAGAAGACAACGCCUUCAGGACAGAUAACGGCAACAAUCUGUUGCCUUUUCAGGACCGGAAUCGGCCCUAUGAUACUUUUAACUUGCACUCUUUGGAAAACUCAUUAAUGGAUAUGAUAAGGACUGAUCAUGAGCCUCUUAAAGGUAAACACUACCCUCCCAGUGGCCCACCAAUGAGUUUCGCUGAUAUAAUGUGGAGGAAUCAUUUUACAGGUCGUAUGGGUAUAAAUUUUCACCAUCCGGGAACAGAUAACAUUAUGGCUCUUAAUAGUCGCUCUUCACUUUUCCCUUUCGAAGAUGGCUUCUUAGAUGACAGUCAUGGUGACCAGUCUUUAUCAUCAGGUCUCAGCUCUCCAACUCGUUGUCAGAAUGGUGAAAGAGUGGAACGCUAUUCUAGAAAGGUGUUCGUUGGGGGCCUGCCUCCUGACAUUGAUGAAGACGAAAUCACGGCCAGCUUUCGUAGGUUUGGACCUCUUGUAGUGGACUGGCCUCAUAAAGCUGAAAGCAAAUCGUACUUUCCACCUAAAGGGUAUGCCUUUCUGCUGUUCCAGGAAGAAAGUUCUGUGCAAGCUCUGAUAGAUGCCUGUCUGGAAGAAGAUGGGAAACUUUACCUAUGUGUAUCAAGUCCCACCAUAAAAGACAAACCAGUACAAAUUCGACCUUGGAACCUAAGUGACAGUGACUUUGUAAUGGAUGGUUCUCAACCUUUAGACCCCCGAAAAACUAUUUUUGUUGGAGGAGUUCCACGACCCCUCAGAGCUGUUGAACUAGCAAUGAUUAUGGAUCGUUUGUAUGGAGGAGUCUGCUAUGCUGGCAUUGAUACAGACCCUGAGCUGAAGUACCCGAAAGGUGCUGGUAGAGUGGCUUUCUCCAAUCAGCAAAGCUAUAUUGCUGCUAUUAGUGCACGCUUUGUCCAACUCCAACACAACGACAUUGAUAAACGGGUGGAAGUGAAGCCAUAUGUGCUUGAUGAUCAGAUGUGUGAUGAAUGCCAGGGCACUCGCUGUGGUGGGAAAUUUGCUCCGUUCUUCUGUGCCAAUGUUACCUGCUUGCAGUAUUACUGUGAAUACUGCUGGGCAAGCAUUCACUCUCGUGCUGGACGAGAGUUCCACAAACCACUUGUGAAGGAGGGAGGAGAUCGGCCACGCCACGUUCCGUUCCGUUGGAGCUGAAGCCCAGGCCCAAACCCAGCAGCAAGUACUGGAGCCGAUGAAAUUGAAGGAAGACAGAGUGCUGCCUCAGGGCUUUGGUGUUCUGGAAAUCUGUGCAUUCAUCCUUGACUAUAAUGAAGAGAUGGGUCUUUUAUUAUGAUUAUUAUUAUUAUUAUUAUUUACAGUCACAUUACUGAACUCCUUGUCCAGUAUAAUACAAGCCUAGCAGAGUGUAACUGUACUGAUUUUGCACUUUGAUUCACACAAACAUCUGCUUGGUACCUUAAUUUCUUACACAAGACUUGUCACACGUGACAAUAAGUAGACUGCCAUUCUCAUCGGCCUCCACUGGGUUGAUGUGUAUGCGAUGAAGAUUUUUUAAAAUUGUAAUUAAUUUUAUUUUGAAACUGGAGCAUGCACUUAUUUUCAGAAACGUAGACUUGCCCCUAGCAGAUGAUUUACCAAAGGUAACACUCACAAGUAGGUGGCAGAUGUAGCAAAAACUUCAAAUGGAUAUUCAGCAAUCAUUAGUUUGGGUCACUUAGAGUAGGAAUAACCCUAAAAGGUAUUUUGUCGCUCUCCAUUUUGACUGGUAAGGAUGAUACCUCAUAAGCUGGAUCACAUUUUCCCCACUCCCACCCCCUUUUUUUUUGUUUUUGCUGAGGGUUUCCUAUUUGGUUAGGUCUUUUAGUGUUAUGUAAAUGUAUGCUGCAAUAGCUUUUGCUGCUAUUAAGAUGGUAUUACUAAUACCACAAUACUCUAUUCAAGCUUAGGGUAUCGAUUUGAAAAGAUGAUUACGUGAUUUAAAAAGAGUGAUGACUGCUGAAAGGAGAUCAUUAUAGCAUUCAGAAAGCUUCCAAGGAAGGUCAAUAGUUUUGACUGCAUGUUUACUUAAUCAGGUUGCUGCAUGCAAUAAAAUUUUUUAAUAUUAUGUCUGAUAUAAAAAUCUGCCCACAAUGCACCAAUUAAGAAUCUAUAUAGGCUACAAAAGUACUUGGCAAAAGAAAUUAAGGAAAAGAAAAACACACACACGUGCUUACGUAUACGGCACACAUAGAUUACUGACUGGAGGAAGGCAUGCCUCAGCAAAUGUAAAUGCUUCUGAAAUUAGGAUCAACCCAUUGCAGUACAACCUAUAUUACAACAAAUCUUUUUAAAAACUAGAUGUAGAAUAUCCUUACAAUGAAUUCGUGAAUGAUAGACGAAGUACUUUGCGGUGCUCUGUUAUAUAUUGUGCAAUUUAUUUUGUAUAGUAAAGUGAUUAUGUCUAGUACUGUGAUCAAACUUUAACUGUUUAAGCCUCUGUGUCUAACAUUCACACACUUCUGACGGUUCACCAAAAGAUAACCAUGCUUAUACAGACAAAGGACAGGUUGAGCUCUUCGUUUCAAUCUCUCACAUAAAACGCUUGCACCAUGUACGUAGUUGCAGCCCUCCUCUGGAAAACCAAAGAGCUCAUAACAACAUAUGUACACUACCAACUUAGAUAGUAAGCUGAUAAACUAGGCAUGAAACUAUGAAAGGUGAAGGGGAAAAGUGGUGCUAAAGAAAUGUCUGCCUAAAGAGUUAACUUGUGAGAUGUCUCCUUUCGGGUGUGACGUUAAUUUCUUGAACCCUGGAUGUAUCCUGUGAAGCUUGAAUACAAUUGAGAUCUACUAUAUAACGGUGGACAUUUUUUUAGCAUGUACUCUGGGGCUGCAAGACUAACACAUAAACACACAUUAGUGUGCUAACUAUGGGAAUGUGAGAAUGUGUACACUAUUUUUCUGGGUUUUCUCUUUUGUUCUCCCCUGUUUUUGCAGUUCUGGGGACUGGAUAUUGACACCGCAUAGUAGAUUUAAAUGUUCUGGGUUUUGUGUGUUGUGAUGGCCUUGUUAAUGUCUAACUCUGUAAGUUUUCUUUUCAUGUUUAGUUGCAAUUAUUGGCUCUGAAAGGAACUUUCUGUGUUAAAAAAAAUAGUUUUUUACUGGUUUAAAAAAAAUCAUUCUUAUCCCUUUCAUGUUUUC